AGCAAGGUGACUGAGAAACUUGUCUCCAUUCUCUGCAUCUUUCUCUGACUCUAUGCAAACAUCAGACUAAGAAUGGCUAAAAUGGGUCUUUCAUCCUAUGUUUUAAUACUAACCUUUUCUUUGUUUUCUCGAGGUAUUUUGCUUUCAGCGAAGUCCAUAAAAAAUUUAGAAGAUGACAUGGUAUUUAAUACCUUAAGGCUGGGGAAAGCCUUCCAAAAGGAAGACGCUGCAGAAAAAUCAGUCCUCACUCCUUCCCUGGAGCAAGAUAAGAGCGAUGAGAGCAGCUUCCUGAACGAAGAGGAAAACAGGAAUCCAAAGACUAUCGGCUCCAAACACAAUUUCUUAAAUCAUGGUCUGCCAUUGAAUCUGGCUAUCAAACCUUAUCUUGCACUGAAAGGAUCUGUAGGCUUUCCAGCUGAGAACGGAGUUCAAAAUAAUGAAUCAACACAGGAAAAGAGAGAAAUUGGGGAUGAAGAAAACUCAGCUAAAUUUCCUAUAGGAAGGAGAGAUUUUGACAUGUUGAGGUGCAUGCUGGGAAGAGUCUACCGACCUUGUUGGCAAGUGUGA